AUGUCACCGCGGUCAGUUCAUCGCAGCCUUAUCAUGGGCACAGUCACGGUACACCUUCCUCCGGAACUUUGGGACCGAAUUUUCGACUUGUUGCCAUUCAAGGACCAGCUCGAGAAGGCCACGGUAUGCCGCGCGUGGAACGACCGCGUAGCCCGAUGGGCCACCUUACGCCUCACGUGUCCCACCGCCGCCAGAAGCGAGGAACACCUUUCGACCAUUCGGCAUUCGUUGCGAAAGUACAGGAGCUUCUCGGCGGAGGCGAUUCGCACCGACGAGGACUACCAGUGUUUCCAGAAAGCUUUAGAAGAGUGUGAACGUAAGUUUUGCGUGCAACGGUUUCGGUUUUGGUACGUGACUGGCGCAAUUUUCGAACGGUUAAUGAAAGAGCACUACGAGUGGUUGCGGUCGGCACGAUGUAUUGUGGUGAAUUUGUGCGAAGAAGAACGGUUUCCGGUACACGUUUUACGUGAUUUAACGUCUCUUCGGGAACUACGAUUGCUGAAUGUGAGUGACACGUCAGUGGAUUGGACUUCGAUUGAGGAUCGAUUUGAACACAUCACGAAGCUAACAGUAGACGCAGCGUGGUAUUUCAACGACGAAGCGCUGGAGCAACUUGUGGAAGCAAUUUGUAGAUGCCGUAAUCUAACUGAAUUAACCCUUCGUUCGAACGAUACAACGAAUUUGGCAAAGCUAGCGGAAUCUCUUAGUAAACUGGAAAAACUAUCUUUAAUGGGUAUGCACAUAAGACUGGCGGAGGAUUCGUUGCGAUUCCCUUAUUUAAAAUACCUCAACUUUGACAUCGGAUCGUUUGUGUUCGAUAAACCAUGUCUGUUCGUUCAGGCACCGCUUCUGCAGACUCUACUGAUAGCCAAGCGAACGAUUCCUUUCGUAAAGUUUCCCGAAAGCACCAGACUUUGGCGGCUGCACUUGUACGGUUACAGCCUGUCGGUGGCGCAUCCCUGUUUCACGACGGUGAAAGACCUCUCGCUAACGACGUGGGAACCGGCCAACCAGGAAGCGGUCGUGGAAGAGAUUCAGCUGUUUCCCAACGUGGUGUACCUAUCGGUGAAGCUCAAAUCAAAAGACUGCAAUAUAGUAGUACCCGAUGCUGCCAUUUUCCAGCACAUGACCCGACUACAUUUGAAUAACUUUGUGCUUUCGAUGGAGUUUUUCCAGAAUGUUGCUAGGGCGAGAAUGCUUGAGCACCUAUCCCUGGAGGAAUGCAACUUUUUCCUGUACUCUCCGGACGCUGACGACGAAGUCCCGCUUCAAUUAUCACAUCUCAGUUAUUUCAACAUCAAACGCGUAUCGAUGCCCAUGACGGUGGAAAAGUUCCCAAUCAUCGGCAACGAGGACCAACCGCCCGUCGUAAUGGUGGACAAACUUCGUACGCAUCUCUGGCGAAGCGAUCGCUUCAAUAAUGUGUUCAGUUCCCGGCGCGACUGAU